AUGCUUUCCGUUGAAGCUUUUCAGACAGUCGAAAGGACGUUGGGUUUACAAUGGGAUGCUAAAGCGGAUGAAUUUCGCUUCACCUUUGUAUACGAGCGGUUGGCCGCAGGUGAGCUACCUGACUCAAGUAUUUGGGAAGCGAUUGGUGAAGGAGUACAUUCCUCUGCUUCAAGAACGAAAUAA